UAAUACCUUCAAUCAAGGCUGCUGUCAUUUCAUUUGUCAUGUUGGUUGUUUUCUUGUCUUUCUUUUAAAACCAAAAAUGGCGAGUCGCGGUAGUGCUUCUGCUAGGCGAGUUCCUGAAGCUGAAGCUGCAAUAACAUAUGUUCAAUGCGAUGGAUUGGCGGUGAUGAAAAUUGUGAAGCACUGCCAUGAAGAGUCAUGCAGUAAUAUGGAGGUAGCGCAGGGUGCCUUGCUGGGGCUUGUGGUGGAGAAUAGACUGGAGAUCACCAACUGUUUUCCGUUCCCCAAACAUGAUGACACCAUGGAUGAGGAGGAGUAUCAACUUGAUAUGAUGCGGAGACUUAGGAGAGUCAAUGUUGAUCAUUUCCAUGUUGGGUGGUACCAGAGUGCAGAUGUUGGUAACUUCCUCAGUCAGUCCCUGCUCGAGUCGCAGUACCACUACCAGACCUCAAUCGAGGAGAGUGUGGUUGUCAUCUACGACACUAAGAAGUCUGCCAGAGGAUUCCUCACACUGAAGGCUUAUCGUCUCACUCCUCAGGCGAUAGCCAUGUACAAAGAGGGUGACUACACCCCAGAAGCCCUGCGCAACCUGAAGAUUGGUUACGAGAGCCUGUUCAUUGAGGUGCCCAUCGUGAUCCGCAACUCCCCACUGACCAACAUCAUGAUGUCCGAGUUGCAGGAGAUGUUGCCCGAGGAGGAAGGCUCUAAGUUCCUAGACUUGGGGACUGCCUCUGUGCUUGAAGGUCAACUGCGCAGUCUGAUGGAGCGCGUAGACGAGCUGAAUCAGGAAGCGAUCAAGUUCAACCGCUACCAGCAGCUCGUGGUGCGCCAGCAGCAGGACAAGCACCGCUGGCUCGUCAAGCGGGCACAAGAGAACGCAGCCAGGGCAGCCAAGGAUGAACCACCACUACCCGAAGAAGACGUCAACAAACUGUUCAAGCCCCACCCUGUACCACCCAGGCUAAACCCGAUGAUAGUCGCCGGACAAAUCAACACAUACAGCCAACAUAUCAGCUCGUUCUGUUCUCAAAGCUUGGCGAAGUUGUAUUUGGCCCAGGCGAUGCAGAAUGCCAAGGAGGCGAAGCAAACUACAUAGGUUUUGUAAUUGAAUAAAAUUUGGAUCAUA